ACAACACCUCUUCACACCCUCUUCACACCUUGCUUUUUGUUCUCUCACUUUUUCUCUCUCUCUCUUCUGCAACAUCAAAACCACAGUGGUUUACCCCUUUCCCUUUGCUGAAAACCAGGCUUCCACCUUCAGCCAUCCCAAAUCCCAACACCCCAACGUUCCAAAAAAUCCCAAGUGUUCGUCCGUCGUCUUGUGCAUCCAUGGUUGCUGCCGACGAGGCCUAGUGUGGAGGAGGAGGAGAAGAGGGAGGAGUGGAACAUGUCGUUCAGGAGCAUAUUGCGGGAUGGUCUGGGGAGUCUGUCUAGGAGGGGCUUUGGAUCGAAGGUGGUGCAGUCGUUGGUGGCGGAGGAUGACCAACAGCAGCAGCUGCGGCGGGACGGAGAAGGGGAGGAGGGAAAUGGUGAGGGGGGAAGGGACUGCUGGGCUGGACUGCCGCCGGAGCUGCUGAGGGACGUGAUAAAGAGGCUGGAGGCAAGCGAGAGCGCCUGGCCGGCACGCCGGAACGUCGUCGCCUGCGCCGCCGUGUGCCGCGCCUGGCGGCUCAUGUGCAAAGAGGUCGUCGCCACUCCCGAGCUCUGCGCCAAGCUCACUUUCCCCGUCUCUCUCAAGCAGCCGGGACCAAGGAGCGGGCCGAUUCAGUGUUAUAUAAAGAGGAACAAAGGGUCUUCCACUUACCAUCUCUUCUUGGGUCUGAGUCCUGAGAAUGGGAAAUUCCUGCUUGCUGCAAAGAAGGUCAGGCGCCCCACUCGUGCAGAGUACAUUAUUUCUAUGGAUGCAGAGGACAUAUCACGAAACAGUUGCAGCUAUAUGGGCAAGCUAAGAUCAAACUUUUUGGGCACAAAAUUUGCACUUUAUGACAGCCAGCCCCCCUAUACUGGAGCUGUGAUGUCAUCGGGCAGGUCAAGCCGGAGAUUCUACUCACGGAAGGUCUCUCCUAAGGUUCCUUCUGGUAGCUAUGGCAUUGCACACAUAGCCUAUGAGCUAAACAUGUUGGGCACACGGGGGCCGAGGCGCAUGCGCUGCACCAUGUACUCGAUCCCUGCUUCUUCCCUCGAGGCUGGGGGCUGUGUUCCAUGCCACACAGAGCUUCCCCGUUCCAUAGAAGAAUCCUUCUCUAGCAUCUCCUUGUCUCAGUCCAUGGACCACAUUGUUGGGAGAGAGCUGGGUCCGGUAGAUUCAUUUGCCAGUAGUGCACGGUUUUCAGAAAUAGCAGUUGAUGUGCUUGGUAAGGAGGCUCCCUUGAUACUGAAGAAUAAGGCACCUCGGUGGCAUGAGCAACUGCAAUGCUGGUGCUUGAACUUCCGUGGGCGUGUCACAGUAGCAUCAGUGAAGAAUUUCCAGCUAAUUGCUGCUGUUGAGUCACCAGAGCCAGCCGCUGCUGGGACAUCUCAGACUCAGACUAGCGGAGGAAGUGAGCAUGACAAGAUACUUCUGCAGUUUGGCAAGAUCGGGAAGGAUAUCUUCACCAUGGAUUACCGCUACCCACUUUCAGCAUUUCAGGCAUUUGGUAUCUGUCUCAGCAGCUUCGACACAAAGUUGGCUUGUGAAUGAAUGAAAUCUUCGAAAAUGUAUACUGUAAGUUUCUCAGAACUGUGUGAUGGCAGCAAUACAUAAAUGUUGUAACCCAAAACUGCUCGGUUUAUUCCUUGGAAAAGCUUUCAUAUUUGCAGAAACUUGUAGGCUUUCAUCUCUGUGCACGAAAUCAAGUGUUGUUUGAAUGAAUUUUUCAUUUCUCAAAA